AUGUUCACGCUCUCUCUCCUCAGCCGGGGACAUGGGAAGUUGGUCCAGAACAAACAGAAGUUAGAAGUCUAUUUUGAACCAGAGGAUUACUUGAACUGGAAGUCUCCAGAAGAUUAUGUCCUGGUCAGGAAAUCCCAGAAUGACAACAAUGAUGACCAGGCCUCCUGGAGUCUCUUUCUUCCUAAAACUUUCAGCACUAGAAAGGGUGCCCUGAUUCUCUACUCAGAAGGUUUAGCCAUAUCAGCAUGGACACCAGAAGAGAGAAGAAAAGGCACCUGUCACUCCAAAGGCUAUAGGAAGAGGUUGGGUCUCAAACUGCGUACACUUCAAGACCUCAAAGAAGCCAUCUUGGCAUAUGGAAGGAAUGAGAGGGAGCAGAACAAAGCCUGGCAACCAUACCUCCACUUCCAAAGCCAGCCAGAGAGCCAGGCCCAACGGCAGAUCCAGCCUGGGUAUUCAGCCAAGCGAUACCUCCGAGGCCUCUUGCGGAAAUGGCCCCCUGACACCAUAUACAGGCUCCAAUGUGCAGGACACAUCAAGGAUUCGGUGCUGCUCCAAGACAGUCAACUUAAUGUACUAAAGAACCUCAGGCCACAACAGGAUCUUUCAGGUGCUCCCCCCAAAUACCACUGCCUGCCUGUUUUCCCUCCAUUUUGGAUUCAACAAGGAAAAUCUUUUGAACAAGGUCAACAGGACCUGGAUGAAGGGGAAGCUGGGACUGGUGGACAUGUGGACGAGGACUCAGUAGCUGAGAAUCACAGCAGUCAUAGGACUCACUUACCACCACUCAGGAAGCAGCCCUGGCAGGAAGAUGAAAACUGGGCCCAGGACACGUCAACUGAGAAUCACCCUCGUAUCCAUGCUUCAAAGGAAAGCCACAAAGAAAAGGCACAGCAGACCUCCAGGAGGGCCUUAGGGCAUGCCCACAUAGAUCAUUCCUGGCUCCUAAGUGACAAAUCCCACAUUGCAUUCUAUGGAGGCGCCUUCCCCAAUAGGAAGGCAGAUCUCAGUGACAAACAAGGAAAUGUGAAGUUCCUCAAGGGCAGAAGCGAUGGCUUGUUACAGAAGCCUCCUGCGGAAAGAUGCCUUUUCCCUCCAUUACCAUCUGCCACUGGCUCAGAGAAAAACACACCUGAGGAACUUCAGAAGAAAAAGGUGCCAAAGGCUUUGAAAUUACCUUCCAUCUCAGAAGAACCACCCAGACUCCUGGACCCCAUGAGGAAUCAAUUGAAAGCCAAGGAGCCCCCAACAGAGCUCUUCAUCUUUCCAGUGGAGAUUCAUUUCCACACCCAAAACCUCCCAAAAGGAAAAGCCUGCAGAAAAGGUGCUUCAGGCCCUGAGUCAGGACCGGGAACAGGAGAAGAGGCCAGGCCACUAUGGAAGCCUCUUCUGAAACAUGGGGCCUUAGAAAGGCCUAGAGGGUUAACAGUGCAACUCCCAGAGGACACGGGCAGGCACAUGCUCUCACCUCAAGGUAGUUACUCUCUCCUUCCAGCAUCUCACAGAAACCUCAUUCUGAAGGGAAGCAAAGCAAGUCAUACAAAGGUGCUCAGCCAAGAAAAAGGAGGCUGGAAGGGAGGGGACCUGAGCAAAAUGAAUGUCGGGGCCGAGGCUAAGGUACGAGGGCAGUGGGAAGCCUCAAGUGCGGCUUUCGGGGAUAAGGAAGAGUCCAGAGACCCCACACUGAGAGACUUCUUCUUGGGUCCAGAUGGACAAAAAGUCUGCCUGUCCCUCCUGGGGCCUACCCAAACUGAGGAUCUUCUGCCAGCUGAAGGUAACACUGAAUCCGGGCCCACUCUUCUCAUGAAUCUUUAUGAAGCCUCAUCUUUGACCUCAAAGCCAGAUAAGCAGGGAACCCAGCAGUCCUUGGAGGCAGCAACUCAGAAGACAGGAGAGCCUCAAAGUUGUAUAAAUAAAGGGCUGAUAUGUUCAAACGGAAAAGAAUUUUACACACGCAAGCUGCACAUCGACAUGACGCCGUUCCUGAAGGAAACUAGAGAUAGACUGGACCAUCAAGAAGAAGCAGGAGGACUCCUUGAAGAAAAUCAUCAAGACAGCCAAGAUUCAGAAUCAAGGAGCAUGACCCUUAGCCCUUUCAACACCUCCCCAACCCCUGAGCCACAUUCUGUCCCAAAGGGGGGCAGAGAGAAUGACAUAUACCACCUGCACAGAGGACUUCAGGGACAUGGGUCUGGGUCACAAGAGAGAUUGGAUACUGUGGAUGCAUCUCUUCUUUCAGCAGAAAGAGAAAGGAAGGCUGAAACAAGAUUAUUCAACCAGCAGACACCAACCAGCAUCAGUAUUGAGAGGGAACUGACUGACAAAGUCAAGAGAAAGAAGAGAACUAAGACAGACAAGUCCAAGACAUCCAAAGAGGAACAAGAAGGAAAGGUUCAUGGUAGAGCAGAGGCUGCUAUUGGAAAGUCAAAGGAAUCAAAGGCUGAAAAGAAAUCAGAGCAAAUCCCCAAAGAGAAAAGGAUGGGAGCCAAAAAGAAAAAGAGGCAAAAGGAAAGGAAUCUGGAUAUGGCAAAGAUGAGUGGGCCUGAUAUCAAUAAUUUUGAGGAAACAAAAGACACCUCAGAUAGAGGUUUCUUUCAUUCAAGCUCCGUAGAAGAGGACUCUUGGCCCUCUCCCAAAUAUGAUGCUCAGGAAAGCCAAGUUUCCAUAGAUGGAAGAUUAUCGCCCACCCAGACUGUAACUGUCAAUGGAGACAUGGGAUCUGAAGAAAAGAAAAGCCUUGAUGAUCCUUCGAAGGACCUUCUUGCCAAGAGGGAGCAGGAGAAAGCUUUCCGGGACAAGCUGCGAACAGAGAAGGCGGAGAUGAGAAGGUUGGAGGUCGAGAGGAAAAGGAGGGAGCAGGAGGAGCAGAGGCGACUCCAGCAGGAGCAAUUGGAGCGGGCAGAGAUGAUGAAGGAGGAGCUGGAGCUGGAGCAGCAGAGACGUGCGGAGGAGAUCCGCUUGAGGAAACGGAGACUGCAAGAAGAACAGCAACUGCAGGAGGAGGCGGAGAGAAAGCAGCGGCUUCAGUUGCAAGCAGCGCAGGAGAGAGCCCAGCAGCAGCAGGAAGAGUUCCGGAGGAAACUGCAAGAACUGCAGCGGAAAAAGCAACAGGAGGAAGCUGAGAGGGCUGAGGCAGAGAAGCAAAGGCAGAAGGAGUUGGAAAUGCAGUUAGCAGAAGAACAAAAACGCCUGUUAGAAAUGGCUGAGGAAGAGCGGCUAGAGUACCUGCGACAGAAACGGGAAGUAGAAGAGAAGAGUUGGCUGGAGGCAGAGGAGAGGAGGAAAAAGGAAGAGGAAGCAGCAAGGCUAGCUCUCGAGGAAGCCACGAAGCAAGCCCAGGAACUAGCCAGGCAAAAAGCUGCUUUGGAAGAACAUCUUCAUUUCCAUCAAGAGCUCCAAAAGGAAGCCAGAGGCCUGCGCUGGACACAAGACAUUUCUAGACCAUGGGUCUACUCUUAUUUCCAGUUCCUACAAAUGCCCAGGCCUUAA